UUAGUAAAAAUUGGCACAUUUUUAAAACUUUUUCCAUUCCAAUAUCUUUUUUUUUUUAUUUAAUAUAUCUUCAAAUGAUGAAAAUAAUCUUUAGUGCAGAAAGAAGCGCGUCUGUAGAAAUACGACCGUACAACACACUGUCCGUUACAUUUUUGUUUACCUUUCCCUCGAUGUUCAUUUUACGUCUACAUUUUAGUAUAUUUAAUGAGUUUCUUGAAAGCCAUUAUUCUAGAACCAUGUUCGCUCUCUCGCAGCGUAAGUAGAAAAGCUGUUGUUUGCAUUUUUUAAACAACUAAUUUCUACCUACAGCGAGAUUUUUUUACGAUAGAAUAAGAUAACGCGUUGUACACCGCAAUUGUGCAUCGUAAUCAUCUCUCAAUCGUUGAAAUUUUAAUCCUGUAUUCCAUGGAAAACUACUGUAAUUCUUGUUUUUAGUUGCAAUUGAUUGGUAAUUACUUUGCUACGGCUGCGUUUAGUCGGCGACCCUUGCGUGAUCAACUUGCCGCUCUAGAGUAGUUUCAGAAUCGUACGCAGCUUAUUGGCAUUGUGGUUCCUGGCUUUACGACAUUAACAGUGUCGACAAGUACUCCAAGUGACGUUUCGGAUAACGCAGAUGUCGAAUCACUGGCCAAACCUUAUAUAAUAGUGGAUAUAAACUGGUAUAUCGCCAUUCGUAUAUUUUGAUAUAAAAUUGUAAGAUGCUACAACGUGAUAGAAUGACAAACGCUGUUGCUCUUACGGUGCAAAUCGGUCUUCGAAGUAUCGGAUUUUGGCCCAAUACGCCGUGCGCGCUAUUGUUUCGUGCUUUUUGGAUAUUGACCAUCGGCAUAGUGCAGACUUGCCAAUACUGGUGGAUCAUUAUUCACUUUAGAACCGACAACAUGUUCUAUCUGAUGGAUGGUUUAAGUGUCGCUAUAGAGUACACCGUGAUGUCCCUGAAACUAAUUAUUUUAUGGUUGAAUAGUCGUAUAUUUUACGACGUCCUAGCUGCGAUGGCUGCAGAUUGGAGGGAAGCAGCCAUCAGCGAAAUGGACACCAUGAUGAGCAAGGCGAAUCUAUCGCGACGCUUUUCCAAAGUAAUCGUCGGGCUUCAUUCGAUAGCGGUGGUCUGUUUCGGCAUUGAGGUACUCGUAUCGGCCCACACCGACGAUUACGAUGUUGAUGGAAUGGAGACGCCUGUUCGCGCAUUUACAUUGAAGCUACAGCGCCCGUUGCAGUUUAACGAAUCGCCGCUGUACGAGAUCGUUGUGUGCCUGGAGUUUCUUCAUCAAUUGGCAUCUUCCACUGUGAGCGGCGUACUUAACUGCCUGCUCAUCACGUUAAUUCUCCAUACAAGUGGUCAGAUAGAGAUUUUAUGUGACGCCUUGAGGGAUAUCUCUUUUGAAAACAAAAAUGAACAGCUAGGCUUUUUUAUGAAGGAACUGAUCGUCAAGCAUCAGAAGAUUAUCAUCUUUUCAGACAAAAUUGAAAGAAUCUUUUCUUAUAUAGCGCUAAUCCAGUUCUUGUCGAGUACGUUACUGAUCUGCUGUGUAGGAUUCACGGUUAUAACAAGCAAAAUGAUUGGCGAUGCGGCGUACAAAUCACUCUGGUACGACUUUAAACCGAAUGAGAGCAAGUUCAUCCUGCUUAUAAUAUUGAGAUCACAAAGAAGACUUACCAUUACGGCUGGAAAGAUCAUGGACCUGUCUUUAGAAGGAUUCACGACUAUUAUGAAGGCUUCUGUUUCGUACAUAUCAGUAUUGCACGCGAUGUACUGAAAUAUUCAAAGAUAUGUCAUCGCGUUUAGAUUCUAGAUGGCCAUUAUGUGCUAUUAUAUCUAUAUAUAUAUAAAGAUAUUAGGAUUUCUUUUUAACGGUUCUUGUUUAUUGAUAUCUCUGUGAUGGACCGGCAAUAAUUAUGCAAAUUAAAUGUAGACGUAAUGUAUCAAUUUACCUUCCGCAGUUUAAUAAUAAAGUAUUUAGACAUUUC